GUUUUCUCCGCAUACUCCGUUUUCCUCCCUCAUUUCAAAAACAUGCAAGGGAGCUUAAAUUCCAGACUAAAUUUAUCACAGCAUGUUGGUCAUAUGAGCAGCCGCGGGAGAAGAACAAGCAGCGAUGGACGUCUUGGCCCGCUGGAUGAGGAGGUGCUGCUGUGGCAAGGGAGCGGAGAAUGAGGGGGUUGCGGGGUCAGGAGAAGGAGAGGAAUGGGAGGGGGGACAGGUGGAGGUGUUGACAAUGGAGGAAAGGAGCGUCAAGGAGAGCAAGAGUUCCUCAUCGCUGCCGGUGGCUGAGCUGGAUCCGGACAGUUCUGGCCCGCAGCCUCACUGGUUCCACACACUGCAGAUGCGACGGCUUCGGGUGCAACGAGGGCGUAGUAACAGUGACCCGUGGAGCCAGAAAAACUGCCAGGACGCCUUUAUCUGGAAACCAGGUCUUCAGUUUGGAACGGCCAACUCGUACGUGAGCCUGGAGAAACUUGGUGAAGGCUCAUACGCCUCCGUUUAUAAAGGCAUCAGCAGGAUCAACGGGCAGCUUGUGGCGCUGAAGGUGAUCCAGACAAAGACAGAGGAGGGCGUUCCGUUCACUGCCAUUAGAGAAGCCUCGCUGCUCAAAGGCCUGAAGCACGCCAACAUCGUCCUCCUGCACGACAUCAUUCACGCCAGAGACUCGCUCACCUUCGUCUUCGAAUAUGUGCAGACGGACCUGGCCCAGUACAUGAACCAGCAUCCGGGAGGUCUACACUCUCACAAUGUGCGGGUCUUCAUGUUCCAGUUGCUGCGUGGUCUCACCUUCAUCCAUGAUCGCCGAAUCCUCCAUCGAGACCUGAAGCCUCAGAACCUGCUCAUCAGCUACUUGGGAGAACUCAAACUGGCCGAUUUUGGUCUGGCUCGUUCCAAAUCUAUCCCCUGUCAGAGCUUCUCCUCGGAUGUGGUGACGUUGUGGUACCGACCACCUGAUGUCCUGCUGGGAUCGACAGAUUACUCGACUGCUCUGGAUAUCUGGGGCGCCGGUUGCAUCUUCGUAGAGAUGCUGGAAGGGUCGCCGGCCUUUCCAGGAGUCACAGAUGUGUCCGACCAGCUCCAGAAAAUCUGGAUGGUGCUUGGAAUCCCAUCAGAGGAGAGCUGGCCCGGAAUCAGCCGCCUGCCCAACUAUCAGCCAGAUUGGCCUCUUCCCCAUAAAGUGAGGCCGAUUCGCUCUGUGUGGAAAAGGUUGAGUCGACUGCCGUACAAAACCGAAGACCUAGUUCAGAAGAUGCUCAAACUGGCGCCCGCAGACCGGAUCUCGGCGCCAGAUGCCCUGCAACACCUGUAUUUUAAUACCUUGCCGCCACCCGUCAUGCACCUGAGGGACACCGUGUCCAUCUUCAAGGUGCCCGGCAUCCAUCUGGAGACGGAGUUCAGCGACACCCUCAAUCCAAGCCAGCGAGUCAAACCUUCAUUUCUGCCUAAUGCCAGGUUUUGGUGACGUCUUCAGCCUCAGAUGAGCAAUCAGCAAUCACUUCCACCUUAACGUUGUGAUUUUUUUUUUUCAUGCACAAAUAAUAUGCAAUUUUGACAUAGGGCAAGAAUAAUCUCAUAAAAAAAACAUGUAUAUCAAGUUAUGAACGAUACCAGCCCCUUUUAAAAAAAAAUGUAUGAGUAGCUUGCCUGACACAAAUAAAUGAAUGAUUAAGCACACAUUUUCAGAGAAAAGGGAAAGUGUAUUUGUGAAGGUAACGUGGCUCCUUCCGUUGUGAGUCACCUGACUUGUGAAUUCCGGCAAUAGAUGUUAAUGAUUGUUUUGUUUAUAAUUGGUUGUGGCUCCUUCCGUUGUGAGUCACCUGACUUGUGA